AUCCCUUAACCAUUUAAGCCGAUGGGUCAACCACCAGACUAAUACCGACUAUACGUAACAAUAGUAGCCCACUGCAUUUCAUUUUUGAGCAACGGAUGGAAACAUGGUUUUAUUUCGACCAGAGCAGUUCGAAGAGUGAAGGAGCGAAGAAAGUUUUUAGUGUUUCUCAAAUCGUUGAUUUUAUUUCGACCGCUGUCUACUGAAAGUUCGUAGUGGAGAUUUGAUGCUUUGAUCAGAAACUACUUGCAGUUAUGGAUCCAUUUUUUGAGGAUGUUCCACUAGGUUUACGCAUCAUAGAUCCUGUCCAAAUACACACAAAUGGUGACAUAAACUGUUCUUGCCGUGGAAAACUCUAUAAUCUUUUCGUAGUCUUGAAAGAAUGUCAUCGAUAUUUCGUUAAAGAAGUCAAAUGUGUUCAACAUUCGAAUCUGUUAAUGUGCUUGGGCACCACUUCUCACAAGGAUUAUGAAAUCUGGGAGGGCUAUUAUUGCAAUCUUGUUGAGUUUCUGCAAAAAAUUGAGUCUCAUCGGCCACAAAGUUCUUUUGCUGUUGAUUUUCUAAGUCAAAUUCUGACUGGUUUAGCGGGGCUCCACAAAAGAAAUUCAGCCCAUGGCAACUUGGUUCCAGAAAUUGUUGUGAUUCAAACUGAUUCACCAGUUGAUUCGCAGAAUACCAAUUUUGUAGUUAUACUGGAAGACGCUAAUACCAGCUUUAUAGUCAAACUAAAAGAUUAUGAUUUGAGUAGAGCAGGGGAGAAGGAUUUUCUAAAAGAUUUGAAAUUCUUCGGUCGAAUUCUGGAACUUUUUGUGGAUCAAUCUCGAGAAGCUUCAGAUUUGCUUUGUAGAAUCCAAGGGACCUGGGAAAACGUCAAAUACGGUUUCAGUUGACCAGGGGCAACAUCUUUCAAACCUGUUUAAAACUUUAUAUUUGGAAUCUCCAAUUCGGGUUCGAGAUCACCCGUACUUUUGGUUCCCGUUAAAGUGUUUGGAGUUCUUAAGUGUUGUGGAUGAAUUUUUACUUGUUUACUAUGAGGAAACUAAGCCAUUAAAUGAGUCGGUUGAAGAAUUUGUUAAGGAGCUUAAAAAAUUGGAAGUAGAUGAGAAGUGGAUGUACGACGUUCAUGAGACUGUUUAUGAAAAGGCAUUAAGAAAAAAAAAAAGGUCAAGCAGAUCAAGUAACUUUUAUUGGAAUUCUAAAGUGUAUCAGAAAUGUCCAUACUCAUUACGUAGCAUAUCUGAAAGAAGAAAGGAUACAAUGGGAAGAGAGACUGUUAUGAGUAUUUCAGGAUCAAGUAUCCCGAUCUUCUGAUCCAUCCAUACAGAUGUUUGGAAUUGCAUUAUGGGAAAAUGAGAAGGCUUAAUGCCAUUGAUGCCGGUUGUGAUGAGACUUUUAUGCCUUUUAUCUCAUCAGUGAUUCUUAGUUCAUAAGAAGAUUACAGUUGCAGGUAUUUACGUGUUUCAUCUGUUUGCAUGUGUUCUGAGAGAAUUUUCCUUUUCCUGUACAAUUACAGCAAUACUGAUUUCUUCCUGCAGAGAUUGGAAAAGAGCUAUUGUGAAGCGCCUCUUGAUUAUUUCAUUUAACAUAGCGUAUGAGAUAGUUUUGUUUUUGCUUAUUUGUAAAGUUGGCAAUUGGAGAGAGGUAUUUCUAGUUUUAGUGAACUCGAAAAAAGAAUUCCAGUGCAACUCUGCCUUUGAUUUCCUACUCUUGUUAAUAGCUUUCUUUCUCUCUUCUGUGAUAUGUUGUAGUUUUUCAAUGUGGAAGUAUAUAUGGAUUAUGCUGUUAACA